AUGGGAAACGACGAAACGUCUCCGGACACAGUGACGAGUGCGGAGAAACCGGCCAUUGGUCACGUGGAACAGUCCUUCCUGGAGGAAAUCGGGCAUGCCAAAGUCGACGGCUACGUCAGCUAUGGCUUGGCCAAGUCGCGGUUCGACAAUCUGACAAUCCCUCAGACAAUCUGGACGUUCAAGCGUGUUGUCCUCAUCAUUAUUUCGGUUUACACCGGUUACAUUUGUGAAGGAUUUGAACUAAAUUCUUCAGGCAGUGUGAUUGCAAAUGCUGGCUUCCUGAAGCAGUUUGGCUCGGGUGAUGCGUCCGGCGUGAGGUCACUGAGCGCGACUUGGGGUAUGCCGUACACCUGUCUCUUAUACCUGGAUCGUGACUCUCUCCCCAGUUAA